AUGGCAUCGGUGCUGGGAGAUGGCGAGAUGGAGGAGUUGGACAUGGUCCUCUGGGUCAUUUCAGACCCGGGGCAUCGCAACUUCGGCACAGCCGUGGACGCCACCCUCUUAGAGGAUGAGGAGAUCUUUGUGGAGCGGGUCGUGGAGAGUGGCCUGGCUCAGUGGCGUGCCGAUCGUGGGAGAGAGCUGGGAGACAUCCGACUACUUGGGGAUCACAAGGACGCCAGCGGGAAGCGCAAGCUGGAGCUGUCGGCGGCCGUUGCUCUCAUGCAUGCUCCUCAGGAUUCGGACUUUCCACUGUCAGGUGUUCGGGCCGCGAAGGAGUUGCACGAGAGUGUGUCCGAAGGACCCGGAAACUUCUUGUCAUACCAUGCUGAGUGGCUUCGUCUUUCGGGAGUGUCAGGUCGCAAUGCUGCAGCUCAUGUGCAUCGUAACCUUUGUGAUAUCCUGAGGUUGCUCCAUUCCUAUGACCAGGUUGAUUGCAGUUCCCUUGCGGGUGGCGAGACUUUGUGUCGCUGGCUGAUUCAGACCGAGUUGGCCGUGGAGCGCUCACCUUCUCAACCGGACUAUUCGGGUCUGGACAUAGUGGCGGGGACUGCUACCCUUCCGGACGGGAGGGCAACGACGAACAAAUUCACGGAGUGGGUCAGCAGCAGGCUCAAGGAGCGGGCGGCGAUCUGGAAGCAAGAGCGCCUCUAUCGUUCCGAACGCAAAGGUCGAUGGCAUCAAGGGCGACUUGGCGAUGGCGACGACACCUCGGACGACGAGGAGACUGGCGGCAAGAACAAGAAGAAGAAAAAGAAGAAGAAGGGGAAGGGCGAACAAGGCGGAGGUGGCGCAGCGUCCGGCUCGGCAGGUGAGCCCCCUUCAUCGCUGACGCGGCGAGUGGAUGCCUCUUUUAAGACGCUGAAUGAUCUCGCCUCAGCACCUUUUGAUGCUGCAGCGGGCAGCUUGCCCUUGACUCAGUCCCAAAAGUGGAUUAUGGAUGAUGUCUGGCGGCGGGUCGCCCACUUUGGAGACUGCCCACUGGAUCUUGACGAGCAGGGGGUGAUCUCCAAGAUGGCUUCAAAGGCCAACCUCUACACAGGGGAGGCUGCGCACCCUGCAGAGUUCGACAUGCAGCGAAUUAAGAUCUUGCACAGGCGCCGGCCGGUCCUUCCGGCCAAAAGCCUUCUUCCGGAGCAUGCGGCCAUCUUCUUGGAACACUUUCGCGAGCUGAUUGAGAAGUCGCCUUCAGAGCUAGAGGCGGACAUGGAGACCCAGGAGACCAUCGAGCCCUAUUGGGAUCCCAAGCUUCGAGGCAACAAGCAGUUGAGAUACAAGUUCUACCAGGCCCUGUCAGAGGCUGGCCUUUUGACAUUUCGCAGGCGCAGAAAGGGAAGGGUGGGCUUCUUUGUCGUCCGUAAGAAGGAUGGAUGGCAGAGGCUCAUCGUGGAUGCCCGCGUUGCAAACCAGAACCACCGCAGGCCACCCACAACUAGGCUCUCUACGGCAUCGGGUCUUGCAGACGUCGACUUUGUCGGAGAGGCGAUGGAUGGGCAGGGCGAGGUGAUGCAGUUGCAGUUGCCUUCGAUGGCUGCGGGUGACGUGGGUGAUUGUUUUUACAACUUCUCUGUGGAGUGCAUGGCUAGUUGGUUCUGUGCGGAUGACAGGGAAACGGUGGCGGAUCUCAAGCGCAUGGGCUUCGAGGUGGGCAUGAUCUUCGACGACUCUGUCCAGGACUUUGUUGAGCCUUCUGACGACGAGGCAGUGUUCUUUGCUUUCAAGGGCAUGUGCAUGGGGUGGAGCUGGGCAUUGUGGCUGGCCAACGAGAUCGUGGCGAACCAGAGUUCGAUUGGCAGUGGGUUGAGCGAGGAGCGGUUUAUUCGAGAUAAGCGGCCUGCGCCCACUGUCACGCAGUCUUCCCCCGCCAUCGGCGUCUACGUGGACAACGUGAAUGUCAUAGGUAUGGGCUCAGCUUCAGUGAACGACGUCAUGGACUCCGUUGCGGAUCGCUUUGCUCGACUGGGAAUCCCUUUCGAGAUCACUGACCGUGCUGGGGGAAAAACCCUGGAGACCCUUGGCCUCGAGUUUGACUUCUCAGACGGUUGUGUGGUACGCAAUACUCGACACAGGGCUUGGAAGCUAUGGCUGGCCACAAAGGGGAUGAUCAAGCGCCAACGACUUUCGGGGGAACUCGUCAGGGUUUGGUUGGGGCAUGUCAAUUUCUACUUCUCCCUUUGCCGGCCGUGCCUUUCAACUUUGUCUUCAUGUUACAGGUUCGCGGCAGUUCACCUUGGCCAUCGCGCGGUGGUCUGGCAAAACGUCCGGAAAGAGAUGAGAGAGGUCAUGGGGUUGAUCUUUUUGGUGGAGCGUGACCUAUUGGCUGCCCGGUCCCCUCUGGUCCACUUGGGUGACUCCUCCAUGUUCGGGUUCUCGUUGAUGUCUACGGUGGCGACCGACGCCGAGAUCAAGCGGGAGCUGGAAGUGAAGGAGAAGUGGGGCUUCAUUCCUGGGCGGCUUUCGUUGGCCCAGCCGGGACUGAGGGGCCCCGUCGAGCGCUCAGCGGGGUUACAAACUGAGUACGCGGGGGACCUCGCCAAGAAGGUGCAGGAGACUGGACCUCAGCGACUUCGUCAACAUCAGCAGCAGCUUUUCGGGCCGCCUAAAACGGUGGUCCCCACAGUGAUGGAGGCGGCGGUGGAGACCAGGGCCGAGUUCAUUCGGGCAGAGGUGCGCUACCUGCAGGGGCGAGGCAAUAAGUGGGUCUCUGAGAGCAAGACCAAAACAGCUGGGGCCUAUACUGCCUCCCUCGCUGCUCGCUGGGCAGAGCUCCUGGCGAUUGACGCUCCCUCUCAGGCCUUUGGAUCUUCACUGGACUUUCUGGCUCAGGUCGAUGGGGACCUCAAAGACGCUAGUCGGCGACCACGUCGACUGGUGGGCCCGAUCGGGCCGGCGGGUCGCAACGUUGUGCUCGACUCUGACGUCACAAAGCUCCUUGCCGCGGGGGUUGUCUUCGGGCAGCACUCUAAAGAGGAAGCCGAUCGACUCAGGCUCAAAGCUGCGAAAGUAUCACAAAAGACGCUCGAUGCCUAUCAUCUUCGCAUAGGGGCUUUCAACAAAUGGGCUGCUGAACAUAAGCUCAAGGUCACCAAGUUGAACCUUGAUUCCAGGGUGGUGCGCUACAUGACGUGGCUGUACGACCACGAUGACUGCGAGCCAUGGACAGCAGCCUACCUUAUCUAUGGCCUGCAGCUUCUGAAAUGUACUGUUCCGAAAGCCGAUUUCCUCCCGAACGCCAAAGAAGCCCUGACAGGUUGGAAAAAGCUCCGUCCAGGUUUGAUGCGGCUUCCAGUUCCCGAGGAGUUCGUUUUCGAUGUGGCCAUUGAGUUGGGCGCGACAGACUCAAAGCUUGCGGCGCUGGUCCUGUUACAGUUUGAUUGCUACCUGAGGCCUUCGGAAGCUUUGGGGUUGACAAAAGAUCACUUGGUCCGACCAGCUGGGCCUCGUUACCCCAGGUGGGGUCUGAUAGUCUGUCUCUCUGAGCUACAGGAGCGAACGAAAACUGGCACCACUGAUGAUAGUCUUAUGGUCGGUGAUGUGGCGGAUCGUUCGUGGAUGUCCGCAGUGAUGAGCUUCCUCUUUGAGCAACCUGAGCAUCAAUUGUUUGGGCAUGUCAAUCUCAGCCAAUAUGAGAAGGCCUUGCGUGCGGCAUCCAAAAAGCUCGGCUACACUGGAGAUGUGCUUCAGCCUCAUAUUCUUCGGCACUCAGGGGCUUCGAACGACAGGUCUCAUGAGCGCCGCUCGCUGCCGCACAUUCAGAAGAGAGGCAGGUGGGCAGCCAAAAAGAGCGUCCUUCGAUACGAGAAGGCGGCCCUCAUGCAGCGACAAUGGAAAUUCGCUCCUAAAGAGCGUCUUCAGCAGAUCCAAUCUGCGCCCAAGAGACUUCGCAGCCAACUGCAUCAUCUUCUUCGGCAAGGCGGUGUUCCACCCACAAAAUCCAAAAUGGGCAACGGCAAGUAG